GCAAGAUCAAGAUCGAUGUAUCGAUAAACGAAAAGUACCUGAUGAAUUUUCAUACAUGAAGCAACGUAUAUACGCCGGUGCUUUACAGGUACGCGCGUUAGUUGCACUUCGUGCUAUGGCUCGAUAGAUUGACGCGGACGCGACUACUCCAUGUUAACGGAAAAAAAAGUAGGAAAAGUCAAGGGCAUUUCUAUGCCUUAAUCAGCAAUUAUUAGUGCAAAGAUAUCGUGUCUGUUUGUAUUUGCAACUUACCGAAAACAUCGCAUGUCGUGCACACAAUUUUAUGUUUAGAACCCUUUUUGAUUCGGUUUGUGAUUUUGGCGGUUUGUUGCCGAGAUAUAUCCAGGCUGGAGAAUACUUUGGGAAUGAUAGGAGCUGGACAGCUUUUGAACAACAAUGCCAUAAGGUUUUACGAAUUUUGCGAGUUUCUAAGUUUCAGAUUCACUAAAAUUUUCAAUCCAUGAAGCAAAACAUCAAGAUGAAGAAGCCCGAGAAGAUCAGCGAGAUCAACGGCCCAGGAAUCUACACCAUCUACGGCCUAGACAAAGUAGAAGCUCUACCAACAGAAUUCCAAAGUCUCCCGCGAGAGUCGAUCAAGUCAUUCCAGGACGAAAAAGAACACAUCGAAAAGGAGAAAUGGUACCACAUAACAGUUCAAGUAUGCAUCCCGUUUUUCAUCGCUGGGAUUGGCACGAUCGGAGCCGGUAUCAUCAUGGCGGAAGUCACGAAAUAUCCAGUUUUCGCCGAGAUUAAAUCUCUUUUCAUCUUAGUACCAGCACUUCUGGGACUGAAAGGAAAUCUAGACAUGUGUCUGGCGUCCAGAUUGUCAACUCAAGCCAACUUAGGAAAUAUGACAUCGAAAAAGGAAUUGUUCAAGAUGAUCGUUGGUAACCUGAUUUUAGUACAGAUACAAUCUAUAGUGGCGUCCUGUAUCGUCUCAGUCUUUGCCGUAUCAGCUUCAGCUGCUGUGAAUGGAAAUUUCGAAUGGCUACAUACACUCCUUCUAGCUACAGCGAGCAUCAUGACAGCGACAAUGUCGUGCUUCAUCUUAGAUUUGGUACUAGUAACUGUGAUCGUGAUAUCGCACAAAAUCAACUUAAACCCUGACAAUCUCGCAACACCAAUGGCAGCUAGCAUUGGAGAUGUGGUAUCACUCUUAGUGCUGUCUUUUUGGGCUAACCUACUCUAUAAUAUCCAUGACAGUUACCCUUGGUUAAUGGCUUUAAUUUUGGCUGUCUAUGUACUUCUGCUCUUACCACUUUGGAUACUGAUUGUAAGGAAGAAUCAUUACACUAGGAAUGUAUUGACACAUGGUUGGACACCCGUUAUUUCAGCUCUAUUCAUCAGUGGAUCUGGAGGUUUGGUAUUGGACCUGGCCGUGGAACAAUUCAAAGGCUACGCAGUAUUCCAACCGAUCAUCAACGGUAUAGGAGGAAACUUGGUAUCAGUUCAAGCUAGCAGAAUUUCUACUAUGCUUCACAAGACAUCUCUACUUGGAAUUAUUCCGCCUCACACCAAACAAUUUGUUGCCCCUUGGACUGCGUUAUUUAAAGGAGUUCUUCCAGCCAAGACUGCUCGCCUCCUACUGCUGAUCUCCAUCCCCGGCCACGCAGUCUUCGUUUUCGCAGCCGACUUUAUCUACAACCACCGUUCCACGGCCACCCCUGUGUUCGUAUUGUCCUACUUGGCCGUCGCCAUGAUACAACUGGUCAUUCUGCUGUACGCCUGUCAUCUGGUCACGCACACUAUGUGGAAGUUCAAGAUCGAUCCCGAUAACUCCACCAUACCGUAUUUGACGGCGCUCGGGGAUUUGUCUGGGUCGUCGUUGUUGCUGGUAGCAUUUGUGUUCCUCAGGUCCAUUGGAAUGGAGUAUCGGCCAGUAGUAGAUUGAGCAGUUAGAGGCUGAUAAUGUGGAAAAUGCUCAGCAUUGACUUGUCUCAAUUUGAGGCUUACGCUACAAGACCUCAGUUAAACAUACUCGAUUAAUUUUCAACACGCAACAUGCUAGCGGGCGUCUCAGAGCCACAGUUUGCAAAAUUUUGACUUCAACCACACAACUCUAUAGAAGAGUAGAGAUCCAGAGAAAAAAACAUUUUUCGAAAUAUUUUUUGCAGCGUUCAUUACCUUGCCUCGAGUAUUAUCAGUUCCUAUACGAUCAAGUCUAGAAUAGCUAUAGGUAUUUUAAAUAAAUGAGAAAUAAAUUCUGCUUAACCCCAUGCUUGUAUUACAACAUAUUUUGGAAUAGAUGGCAUAGUUAUCAGUGUCAUUGUACAAAAUUCAUAUCAGGACUUAAGAAUCAGAAUAUUACACGUAAAAGUAGAUGUGCGUAAAACCUAGAUUUAAUCCGUACAAAAAGAAAUCACAUUAAAGAGACUUUCAGUUUGUGAUAACACCACCUUUAUAAGACAGUUCAACCAUAUACAUGUGUUUCAGGUAUCUACAGGGUGUCCGCAAAGUUGGGGUUUUCCUUUUCAGAAACAACUACCCUUGAAAUAACAAAGGUAAUGUGUAGUGAAACCAGGGCGACCAAGUAAAAAAAAAAUAAAGGAAAAAGUACUCACUCUCCAGUUGACGAGAAGGGCUAAGUACGUCUCUGCCCGAAAUCAUACCGCUCCAACAGAAAAUGAAAUCAACUGAUGCGCUACCGAGCAGACGCAGAAACCACAUUGAUUGUCUUACACUUAAUGGCACAUCUUCUAACAAGGAAGGCAAAAUGUUGCGUAAAAAGUCUAGGUAUUGCAUCCCGUCCAAUCGAUUUGGGAGAAUAAAUGGUCCAAUGAGCAUACAGUUCACCAUGCCAGCCAAACAUUCACCGAAAAUGUUUGUUGAAAAUGACCAAACAUGAGUGUUGCGAAAGUUAUUCACCCCAUUACGCGUGAACGUAGAUUCGUCUGUCACCAAUAUGCACUUCAAAAAGUCCGGAUUAUUGUCAUGUUGAUGCAACAACCACUCACAAAACCGCUGGAAAAUCGUCAGGUUGAAGGGCUUGUACACGUUGGACAUGAAACGGCUACAGCCCCUCUUCACGCAGCGUUUACCACACUUCAGUUUUUGAUACUUGCACUUCUCUAGCCACGUCUCUAGUGCUUGUUGUUUUUUGAAACGCAAUCGAUUAUAUGGGUUCAUUUACCUCUACACGCGUGACCGUAACCGUCGGUUGAAGGUUGCAUACUGACCUGACACACUGACCCCGACCCAGUUCUGCCGUCGGGUUGAGACCUUGUACCAGUCUGGGAUAUCCCGGCGGGUCGCGGCUACAGGACGGUAUUCAGAUAUUUUUGAUGUUGCAGAGCCCUUUAUCUCGGUUCCCUUAAGACAUUGGUGUAUAUGGUACUAAGAAAAAUUGCUUAUGUUUUCAAGACCUACACGUCGUGUAAAGGAAAACCCCAAGUUUGCGGACACCCUGUUGCAUCUAAACUAUUUUUCGCGAUACUUCAGCACAUUCAGACGUCUGUUUUAUUGUUCUCUUGUAUUAAUUUUGUUUUGUUGGCAAUAUCGAAGCUUAUGACAUUCAGUAUAGCGUAUCAAAAUCAUUUUCACCAAGAAUUUAUUCCGAUUAAAUUCUUAGUAGACUUGGAAUGCAGUCCUGAUCAUUAUCAGCGAAAUCGAUUGGUUCGUUCUGAUAUACCGAAAUUUUCCUACGACAUCGCUCGGCGUUCAUCUCUCGCUUGACGAUAAUGUCACUUAAUGAUCAACUGUUAUGUUGUCACAUUCUGUGGAAAAUAGUGUAAAUGCGUAUUAUAGGUUAGAUACAUAUGUGUUUGAAUUGUUUUGGUUGAGUUACAGACUGCAGGACAAUUGUGCUGAAACCCCAAGUUUAUAGUGACUAAUUUCAAUAUUGAAUAAAGUUAAGAAAAUAGGUGGUGUUACUGUGAUAACUGCUGAUCAAACCAUUUGCAUUAGGUGAAGCAAAAAUAAGCCAAGCAUUCACACAGAGGUCCGGGAUGAGUCAACGCAGCGUUCUGAUGUUGCCUCUACACAUUGAUAAUGGCAUACGGUAGACUUACUGCGACACUGUAAAGAGACAGCUCAAAUUCACUUCUUCUACGUCAGUUUAUCCGAAUUACGUAAUAGUAAUAGUAAUGGCAAAGGAUCAGUAUUACUUGUGAUUAUCUAUCAGUAUAUGCAUAACCUAUAGUUAAAUGAAAUUAUUUUAUUUUGAUCUUGUAUCCAACAGUUUAUGAUGUUGAAAUGAAUGCUUUCAUUGAAAUCUUGAUCUCUCAUUCCCGUAUGCAGAAUGUUUCCAAUAUCGAGUUCCGCACUUAUUCAAAUAACACAGGAUUUAUUAAAAAAAACUGAUAUUCAACUACGAUUUCAGACAAAGUGUGCAAUUGUACAUUUCAUCUACAUCUUUUGUGAUCAGCAAUAGUCUUUGGAAACACUCUGCAUACCAAAUAACGGAACUUUUAGAAUUGCCAGAUUGUAAAAAUACUGGUUGACAGCAUCACAAAACUUCAACAGUCAUGAAGAAUUAGUUCGGAAAAUAUUACAAUAGCUGACCUUAGUAAUGGUUCUUCGUCUCAGUGUGUUGAAACUAGAUACGUUUUUAUUUUUAGGUAUUGUACAUAAACUAGCUGAUAUCGGUAACUAGUUCUCUUUUGCAUUGUUUUUUGUUACACAAAGUUAUGCCCCAGCAGUGAAGUACAAAUAAAGUUUAUUUAUGAAUAAAA